AACAGGCUGGGCGCGCACACGAGCCCUCGGGAGCGGGUCGGAACGUGGAAGUGAUCGCAGACGUUAACGUGUCGAGGGAAAAUAACGUCAAGUCGCUUCGGAAGUUCAGUGUCCGCUCGUCGGGUCCAGACUGGAAGUGAAGUCCUGCUGGCACGAAGCCUCCUGAGCAUCAUGGCCAUGUGAAACUUGACUCUUUAGAAGCAGAUGCGAGUCCCAGGCUGGAUUGAAUGGCAGUGAGGAUCCAAGACUGUAACUCAGUGGGAGUACUGCAAUGACCAGUCGACAUCUUAGCCAUGCAGAGAGAGUUAACUCCACAGACAAACAGCCACCUGCUGUGGCCCCCAAGCUCCAUGUGCAGCGAUCGCUGUCAACGGACAACAUCACAAUCCACUUCUCAGCUUUUGGGAAGGAGGAGGAGGAGGAGGAAGAAGAGCUGUACACUACAUCUGUGUCCACUACCUCAACCGUGCAGGAUGCCUCAAAUAUCGUGACAGCCCUAGAAGCCAGCGAGGAGAUGUUUGAAGGGGUGCCAAUGGAGUCUGCAGCCGAGGUUGCUAUCAUUCCUGAAACAUCCAGACUUUCUCCCGUGUCGAGACAUCACACUGUCAAUUCUCCCACACAAACACAGUCAAGGUGUACUGCUGAGCAGAAAGGCUUAGUUUCCAGCUCCUCCCCCACUAAAUCUUUGAGCUUUCCUUCAAGUGAAAAACCUUUUCUCAGUUUGGUGAAGUCUCUUUCCUCUGAAGUCCCUGAGACUCGUGACGGAGUCUCUUCUGUUCCUGCUCCAUCAGUGAGGCACAGACAUCUCAUGAAGACUCUCGUCAAGUCUUUAUCUUCAGACACAACCCAGGACUCCGCCUCCGCCUCCGCCUCCUCCUCCUCCUCCUCCUCUUCCACACCAUACCGUCUUCCAGAAUCCCGCCUUAACCUGCAACUUUUUAAGCAAUUCACACAGUCCCGGAUGCCGUCUGCUACUAUGUUGUCAGCUGGUGACUCUAAAACUGCUCCUUCCUCUCCUUUGACUUCAACCGAUAACCGCAGCUUCUUCAAAGUCUCAGAUGUCGAGGCACGAAUUGAAGACACUAAGCGUCGUCUUUCUGAAGUCAUGUCAGAACCGCUCCAGCUGCUGAGUAAGAUCAUGGAUGAAAAGAGCAGCAGCUUAGUUAGUGGCAGCAUUUACCGGCCAAAGGCCCUCUCUGUCAGUGCCUCAGAACUCUGCAACAUUACUUCUGUCAAUGGUCACCUGGAGAGUAACAACAAUAACUGCAUCAAGGAGGAAGAAGUAGGUGACUGGGAGGAUGAGAGCUCCAACAGUGGGGCCUCUGGUCCACCUGAAGCCCUGGUUCCCUCCACUGUUGACAGUAAGAGCCCCAACGCACCAUCUUUACUUUCCAUGUGUUCUAUGUCUGCUCUUGCUAAACAGGAUGAUGAUGACUUUUGCAUCCUGCACAAUGAGGACUUUGACACUUGCACUGACACAGAAGGAGAUGGAGGUGAUAGAACUAAUGAUACUGGAACUGGAAGUCAAACCAAAGUGCAAAGUGGUAGUACUGAACCAUGCAGUGAUGAUGAAUCUGAAAGUAUUGUUCCAGUACCUAGUGUUCCUCACUAUACUCUCAUCACCCUCACCGUACUGGUCUAUGGGUACUUUUUGUUACCUCUGCCCACCUACAUUGGAGGAAUGCUACUUGGGGUUGGGCUUGGAUUUCUUUUAGCCAUCGGUGUUGUGUGGCUAACGGGACCAAAACCUUCUGGUGGUUUUAGAAAUUCCAGACACCAUGGGAAGCUGUGGAAUCAGAUCAGGUUGGACAUUAAGGAACCAGAAAUCUAUAAGGGCUGGAUGAAUGAGAUAUCAAACUACGACCCAGAGACGUACCACGCCACACUGACCCACUCUGUCUUUGUCCGGUUGGAGGGCUCCACCAUUCGUCUGUCUAAGCCCAACCACAACAUUGCCCGCCGUGCUGCACACAAUGAGCCUAAACCUGAUGUCAACUACAUCAGUCAGAAGAUCUAUGACCUUACCAACAGUAAGGUAUAUCUAAUGCCGCAGAGCCUGGCCAGGAAGCGUGUGUGGAACAAAAAAUACCCAGUCUGCAUCGAGCUUGGCAAACAGGAUGACUUCAUGUCAAAGGCGGAGGGGUGGGAUGCCAGUGAGGGCACAAGCAUAAGGGACAGAGGAGAGGGCAGCGGAGGACUACAGGAGCGAGGAUCUCCAUCUUCAUCCAGUAGAGACCUGACCCUUUAUCUGUUUGGAAGGACUGGAAGGGAGAAGGAGGAGUGGUUCCAGCGGUUCCUUUCUGCUUCGAGGCUCAAGGAAGACUUGAAGAAAUCUUCCAGUGUUUCAGGCAGUAAAAGUGUUCAGAGCUCUCACAGUCGCAGCAGCAGCCGUAGCAGUCUGGACGAGGUGCUGAUUCCGCAACCAAGUGCCAAAACCAAGCCGCUGUUGGACUACAGUGUGUACAUGGCCAGUUUACUGCCAGAACAGGCAACAGUCAGCGCUUCAACUGCCAGCCCUGUUCUCCUGAGUCCUCAGAGCAGCCCUGGAGCUGACAAGAAGCUUCAGAACAGCACUUCAGCUCAAGUGCAGCCCAGAGGGGACGAGGAGGCCGUUGCCUGGGUGAAUGCGGCUCUUGGUCGGGUCUUCUGGGACUUUCUAAACGAGCCGUACUGGGCUGAAGUGGUCUCCAAGAAGAUUCAGAUGAAGCUCAGCAAGAUACGGUUGCCUUACUUCAUGAACGAGCUAACUCUGACAGAACUGGACAUGGGCUCAGCUACUCCCAAAAUCCUUGGGGCAUCCAAGCCUUCAAUUGACUACAGAGGUCUUUGGUUCGACUUGGAGAUUUCCUACAGUGGCUCCUUCCUGAUGACCUUGGAGACCAAGAUGAACCUCAUCCGCCUGGGCAAGGAGGGAGAAAGUCUUCGCUUAGGGGAAUUUGGCAAAGAUGGACACAGGCCACGUACUUACUGCCUGGCUGAUAGCGAUGAAGAGUCGUCCAGCGCAGGCUCAUCAGAUGAGGAGGACUCCUCCGAGCUCUCAAAUGACUCUGCAGGAGCCGAAGGUUUUGUUGGAGGCCACAAGCCGAGCAAGAUCAUGCGCUUUGUGGACAAGAUUACCAAGUCCAAAUACUUCCAGAAGGCCACAGAGACAGAGUUCAUCAAAAAGAAGAUGGAAGAAGUGUCCAACACCCCCCUCCUGCUCACAGUAGAGGUGCAGGAGCUCCAAGGAACACUGGCUGUCAACAUACCCCCUCCACCCACUGAUAGAAUAUGGUAUGGUUUUAGGACGCCACCUCACCUGGAACUGAAGGCGCGACCGAAGCUGGGAGAAAGAGAAGUCACUUUGCCUCAUGUUACAGACUGGAUAGAGAAAAAACUGAACCAGGAAUUCCAGAAAGUUUUUGUAAUGCCAAACAUGGACGACGUGUGGCUGACCAUCAUGCAUACUGCCAUGGACCCUCGCACAGCCAGUGGACCAUCAGUUGUCCCCACAGUCGACACAGAGCCUUCACAGCCAGAGAGCGACAGCUCCAGCCAGCCAUAAAGAUUGUUUACAGUAUUUCCAAGAGCUUAUGAAGUCCGAGAUGGGAACUGGAGCCAAAGUCAAUAUGUCAGACACUACUGUAAGUGGAUUUCUCACUUACCAUAGAGAAGAAUUUAAAGGAAUAAGGUAGAGUUGACCAAGGAUACUAACUGUUGCUUGCUGCUCUGUUCAGUAGUAUUUACGGUGCCAGAGAAAAGUGUGUGUUGUCUUUGAAGGAUUUAUAUAAUAAUAAGGACCUAUUAAAUAGGGACUGAUAUGUGAAGAGAGUUAUGUGUGGUUUAAGUAAAUAAGUGGCAUAUAUGUGGAUACAGAAGUUUAUAAUGUCCUCAAUGAACACUGAUGUGGAAGCAUUCACCAGAUACCUUACAGCCUGCAGAUGAGUCUCUGCUGCAGCUUGAAAGUGAGAUUGUGCAUCGUAGCCCCUUUUUAUAAUAGAAACACAGCAAGUGGAGAUUUACAGUAUGCUAGUAUGUUGUGAAUUAUUACUGUGUGAAGGUGUAGGCAGGAGAGGAAAGCACAGACAUUUGAUGUUUUGUUUAUUUGCCAAAAAAUGUUAAACCUUUAAGUGGCUUUAUGUGAGCAGUUUCUGAUCAGGUGUUAACAAACAGUAUUCAUUUGUGCUGUGACCACACCCUGAACACCUCCCAUUCAUUUGCCAAACCCCUCUUGUAUACCAAUUAUGCCGUUAUACAUAUCUGUGUGAAAAUAUUGCUCAAGCGCAAACGUACAUAAUGUAGGGGGAAGCAUCGUUCACUCUGUAAAUUCCACUUUAAUGACAACAAGUGCAAUGACAGAAACGCUACACAGGCUUUAGUAUGAUAAUGUAUAGACAUUAUAUUGAAGUUCAUGUCGGAUGAGAAGUAUGAGGCCUCUAACACAUCAAUUGAAUGUAUGUAUUGGAUAUUUACUUUCUUUUGUGAUUAUACGAAAAAAGUUCUUACCCAGUUACAGUCUGGGUGGGGUAUGCAAAUUAUUGCACAAAUACAAAUGAAAUAUUUCUUCUUUUUUUUUUUAUGAUAAACACUCAUGUUGCAUAUAUAGGUCAUUCAACCGGUAUGUUGAUGAAGUGAUGUGUUAAUCUAUUUAUCAUUUAUACAUUAUGGGCGUUAAUGUUAAUGAUGAUAUUGGAAGUAAUUUUACAUGACCAUUUUUGAUAUGUGACAAUGCUUUCAUAAGCCUCUACCUGCCAUGCUGUAUGCGGAAAGACACACAGCGUAGGAAACAAUACUUGGGUUAAGUUAGUAUACAUACUCUGUAGUAGAGCAUUUAUUGCCAAGAAUGCAUAGUCUUAUUAACAGGUUGCCAUUCUAAGACUACCUUUUAACGCUGUUUCUAAUCUUAACCAAAGUCCUCUGAUUGAGCAGAUAGUGACAGAUCUCUCAGCUUAAAGGUACACAUCCUGCAUCGGUAUUGCUGUGUACAUUUCCAAAUGUGCUACAAUAACUGCAUUAACAUUGUUUACAGGAAUUAUUACCUAGUUUUCAUUUAUUGCUCUUAGCACUGUAAGAUUAUUUUUUUUUCUGUAUGAUUGACUACCUUUUACGCCCUGGCUACUUUUUGUUUAGUAUUUGUUUUGAAUGACUACGUGAGAUGGGCUAAGAUUGUAUUUUUUUGUAUUUAUUAUUUUCUGCAUCUUUGGAAUAAACAGAAUGAAAUAAGAAUUUUGAGGAUAUAUGAAGGUUGUGUUAUGAUUUGUAUCUGUGGGUUAUUAAUGAGUUUUUAGAAUGUAAAAUUUAAUUUUAAGGCCAAAUUCAGUGAUUACAUGUAUCUGCCUCAUUUAUGGAGCUAAAUAAAUCUGUCGAUGAAAACA